AUUGUGAUGGUUGCUACCACAAAGUGAAGAAACUCCUUCAGAGAAUUGAAGGGGUUUACCAAGUGAAAAUAGAUUCGGACCAACAAAGGGUGAGUGUUCAAGGAAGUGUUGAUUCUGAAACCCUAAUCAAGAAACUGAUUAGGGCUGGUAAGCAUGCUGAGCCUUGGUCUCAUAAGCUUACCCAAACCCUAAACCAAAACCAAAACCAAAACCAAACCCAGAAACAAAAACCCACUUGUAUUAAAGAUAAUACCAAGAACAAGAAACCCCAACAAAACCCCACAAAGAACAUCGAAUCAUCCUUAAGAAACAAGCACAAGUUUCCGUUCAAUUUCGACGAAGACAACGACUCGGUCGACGGCAACGAUGAUGAUUACGGGGAGGAGGAGAUGCAUUUGAUCAGGCACAAGAUCAACCAGCUUGCUCUUAUGAAACAACAAGCUGAAGCAAUUAAUAAUGCCAAGAAAGGUGGUAAUAACAACGGUGCAUCCGUGGCCGCUGCCGAUCGUCCGAAUAAUAACGGCAAGACGAAAAGCAAUGGCAAUAAUAAUAAUGGUGGUGGUGGUGCUGGUCCGAAUGGGAGAAAGGGGAACCAAAUGCAGAAUAUGACAAAGGGGAAUAUUCCGGGUUCCGGGAUCGAUCAAAAGACGCUGGCUGCCCUUAAUAAGAUGAAGAACGACGAGGGUAAACGGGGGAGCGACAUUAGUACUAUGAUGAAUCUUGCGGGUUUCCAUGGAAAUAAUAAUCAUCAUAGUGGAAUUGGAGGAACUGCGGGAUUCCAACAGAACAACGGGGCAUUCCAAGGGGGGUUUCCGGUGGUUCACGGGGGCCAUAUGAAUAAUCCGGCGGCGAUGAUGAUGAACAUGGAUGGUUAUUACAAUAAUAACCCUGCAUCUGUGAUGAUGAAUAUGAAUAUGCAGAACAGGCAGCAGCAGCAGCCUCAGAUGAUGUACAAUAGGUCUCCGUUUGUUCCGGCCACCACCACCGGUUUUUACUACAACAACUACUACGGUACAGUUCCGUACAAUUUGAGUGGCGGUGAGGGUUCUGCUGCAGCAGCUCAUAUGUUCAGUGAUGAGAACACAAGUAGCUGCUCUGUUAUGUAAUGGGAAGAACAAGUUUGGAAGGUGUUUGUUAAAUAGUUUUUGAUUAAUUAGUGUUCUUUUUUUCGUUUCUUUUGUUGAAUUUUAAUAUGUUUUUUUUGUGAAGGUGUUGUAUGAUCUAUCUGUUUGUGAAGAAGUUGAAUGUUCCCUCUUUAUUAACUACUGAUCUGUAUUUUGGUUAUGGGAUUUUGUCAUGUUU